AUGACGUUGCCCGCGACCGACGGCAACCCGGGGUUGAUGAGCCCGUCACCGGUGGCGGAGACAGCACCGCCGCAACCACAAGCACCGGCGGAACCUCUUAAAAACAAGAGAGGCACAGGUCGCCGGGUUCCACCGCCUGAAGGCAGUCGUCCACUCGACAAGAAGCGUGCCCGCGACCGGCGGGCCCAACAGGCCCUGCGUGACCGGACGCGGUCCACCAUCCACAACCUGUCGGAGCAGGUGUCGACGCUGACGCGGGUCGUCGAGCGGCAGAGCCAGGAGCUGAGUGUCGUCAGGGGCCGGCUGGAUGCCGUGUCAGCAGAGAAUGCCAUGCUACGCCAAAAGGCCGCCGAAGCGUCUGAACCGACGGAUGGAACGUCAGCAGCGACCUCCUCGCCCUCCCCCUUGUGGAAGACGCCACCUCUGAACAGUCCGCCGACGAGCAUCGCCGAUCAGCUCUUCCAGGGGUUUGUCGACGUCCAGCGCCGGACCGUGGCCCUGUCGCCUCCGUCAGCCACCUCCGUGUCAACAAGCUCGGCCCCUGACAUCACACCUCUCCUCGACAGCCGUCGCCGUGGCACAGACAAAGUUUCAAGGCUCGCGAGUGACGUCGUGCGCACAUAUUCCGAGCUUGACACGCUACCCAAGCAAAUUGCCGUCCACUUUCUGAUGACGCAUCUCUUAACGUGGUUCGUUCUCCUCGACGAACCCAGCUGGAACAGCGUCCCCGUCUGGCUUCGACCUACCCGUGCCCAGCGCACCAUCGAGCAUCCACCGUGGAUCGACCGCAUUCCUUGGCCUGCUGCACGCGACUACCUCGUCGUCCAUCCUGAGAUCACUCUUGAUCAAUUUGCAGCCAGCUAUGGCACCAGCGUACAGAUCCGCUGGCCAUACGAUCCGUCGAUGGUGGUGAUUGUGGCGCCAAGUGCGCCGGGCAGCAACAACAAUUUCAUCAGAGACGGUGAUGGCGAUGGCGACGUCAACGACUACCUAGUCAACCCUGUGUUUGCACACCACAUUGCCAAACUAGCGAACUGGGAAGUGGGCGACGUGUUUCGGGCGCGGUUUCCAGAGAUGGCCAGGCUGAUCGAUGAGUCGCUGCAUCUGAAUGAGGAUGGACAGACGCAGACGCUUAUAGGCGAACAGCUAGCCUCACAACCAGUAUCACCGUCAACGACAGUGUCGACGACCACAUCGCCGUCCUCACCUGCACCGCCAGUACAACCACUUUCCAUGCCCAUGGCCAUGCCCAUGGAAUCCGGCUUGGACUAUCUACCAGUAUGA